UGUGUGCACCAGAGCGAAGGAAGGGAAGCCCAGGGAUGGGGCAAGGCAGGCAGAGCAGGCAGCAACAAGUGGUGGCCUGGGUUUAAGUCCCCUCCAGCAGCAUUGUUGGAUCCCAAGCACAGGCAGGUAGAGCAGGCUGCAGGGGCAGCACUGCCUCCACGCUCUCCAGCUGAGGAAGAAGAAUAGCAAACUCUGAGACAGCAAGCAAAUGGAGACAGACACUUCUCACCUCAACUCAGAUAGGAAAGAAUACCCUUUGAAAGACAAGUAAAGAGAGUGAAAGACUUGGUUUCAAGCAAUCCAUUUACAGACCAAAUCCUCGGUGCCCAGGGAUGAGAGCGGUGGAAUUCAGAUUCAAAUGAUCUCCCACCAGGAUUAAAGUUCACCCAGCAACCAUGCAGAGGCAUCAGCUAGGGACACAGUGAUCAGUAUGUUCCUGACACGCCUGUCCUCCCCCUUUGCACAACUCCUGGUUACAAACGUGUUCUUCUCUCUCCUCCUGGGCGUCCCUCUGAGUGUCUCUUGCCCACAACGGUGUCAGUGCACGGACCACUCUGGAGCAAUGGCUGUCCUGUGCAGCUCCAGGCAUCUGGAAGAAAUUCCACAGGAUAUUCCCAAAGACGCUGUGUACUUGAAGCUUGAUGCUAACAAAAUCACUAAAAUACCCAAUAAUGCUUUCAAGCACCUGAAUCACUUGGAAGAGCUGGACCUGUCCAGAAACGCCAUUGAGAAGAUAGACAUGGCAGCUUUCAAAGGGGUGGCAGAUGGGCUACAGAUGCUGGACCUUUCCAACAACCAUAUCCAGAGCAUUCCCAAGGAGGCCCUGGUCAAACUGAACGCCAAGAUUCGCUUGUCCAACAACCCCUGGCACUGCGAGUGCACUCUGCAGGAGGUGCUGUGGGAAGUGAAACUGGACCCAGAGUCAGUGAACGAGAUUACCUGCCAAACGUCUGUGCGAGAGGAAUACGUCGGGAAGCCGCUGGUCCAGAUCCUGGACUCUGGGGUCAAUUUCUGUAACAUACGCCAGAAGACCACGGACAUUGCCAUGUUCAUCACCAUGUUUGGCUGGUUCACCAUGGUGAUCACCUACGUUGUGUAUUACGUCCGACACAAUCAGGAAGAUGCCAGGAAGCACCUAGAAUACCUGAAAUCACUGCCUAGCACCCAGGUCCCCAAAGAGACCAUCAGCACCAUCCUGUAGCAACAAACACCAGGCCCCUCAUGCAACACUCAGCUCUAGGAUAGAAACCAUGUUGGGGGUGGGGGGCGGGAGAAGCCAUCUGUUUCCUACCUGAUUGCUAAAGCUUUUCUACCAGGUUUGUAUGAGCUGUUUAAUAGAAGGGUGAAAUUGUAUUUUGUAAUAAGCUAAGUUAUGACCAACAGCUUCUAUAAAAAACCUCAGGUCUCUUAUUUACCUGAUAUCACUCACUAUCCCAUUCUACCGGUUGCCAAAUGAGACCCCACAAAGUACAUUCUGGUCUUUGCAGAAAGCAGGAGAGCAAAACCAAAUACUGGUAGUGCUAUGACAUGAAUGUCCCUGCUGUCUCUGGGAGUGGUUUUCCAGAGAACAGCACGUGUGUUCAGAGUUCAAAGGCAUUCAGCAUUGGCAGGAAGCACAGCAAUGCCAAAUACAACAGUCGGGUCAGCUCACAUCCGGCGCUUUCACUACGUGACUGGCACAGGGGCCUUCCUCUCGCUCCUAUCCUGCGGUCACUGCCAUGGACUGAGCUGGGAGCAGGAGCAAAGAAACAGGCCCACCACUCCAAGUCCACCAGAAGCAGAGAGCUGCAGGCGGGUGCCGGUAGAGACAGGAUCCUGGAUGCGACGCACCCUGGAUGGGACAGUCCUGAGGGCAGGUGAGUGCCGCCCUGAGAUCCUGGCCUCAUGGUGGAAGGCAGCGCCCUGAUGAUCUGUGAGGCCCGAAGUCACCACCACUGCAGUUCCAACAGUAAAGCACGGAGCACUGAAGCCAGGGCCCAGCCUCACUCCUGCUUCUUGUUCUCCUGGCUGCAGAUACAUCAUCGAUUAAAUAACGGCAUGAAACCACCGUGGGUGCGUGUGUCAUGGAACCAGGACCCAGCUCCCCUGGCGAGGCUCCUGUACAGGGAAGGGCAUGUGCUCAUGCUCCAUUUCAGGAAUGGAUGACUUACGAGCAAGAAAGCAGGAUGUUAUUGUGCAAUUUAACUCAAGUGCCUCCUCUGCCUGGCUGCUGUGCCUCUACCUGGCCCCCAAACACUGUUGAUUUUCUAACACCCACAUUUUCAAUAAAGUCCUAUCCAA